UUAAGCCAAGCGAGAGGUGAAGCUGUUUUCCGUUUCAGUUUCAGUUGGACAGUCUCCGGCGGAGCUAGACGGGAAAUUUGCUCCGAGGUGGAACUCGGGUGUGAACGUUAGGUGUCGCGUGUCCACGCAGGUUGUUCUGGAAAAAAGUCUUUCUAUUCCGAAAAAUGGGGUACGGAACGGAAAUGGACGGCUGCGGGAACUUCAUGAAGUACUGCCUGUUCUUCAUGAACUUCAUAAUUUUUAUCGGAGGUUCGGUCGUCGCAGGAUUGGCGAUUUGGGCUUUGGUCGAUAACGUACCAUGGAUUGGAGAACUCAUCGGCAGUAACUUACUUACCGGUGCAGUUUACAUCCUACUUAUCGGAGGGAUCGUCGUCGCUUUCAUAGCUUUUUGCGGAUGCGUCGGUGCAUCCCGAGAAAUAAAAUGCAUGCUACUCACGUACCUCAUCAUCGUGUUCUUCCUGUUCGUAACGAUGCUCGUUGGUGGAACCUUGGGCUACGUUUACCGUGAGAAAGUAACCGACUCUGUGGAAAAAGAGAUGAAAGGUUCUUUAAGACUGUACGAUCACCAGAAGUCUGUCAGGGAGGCAUGGGACAUUACGCAAACCACUCUUCAUUGCUGCGGUGUCCAUGGAUGGGCAGAUUGGGGCACGAAUGGGCUUCGGAUACCUCAGAGCUGCUGUCGUCCGAUCCAACCUGGCCAGUAUUACAGCUGCAAUUCCGGAGUAGACGUUAAUCCAACCACGAUAUACACGGACGGCUGCUUAACUAAAACUCAAAACUUUAUGCAGAAACACGCCGCCAUUUUGGGAGGUGCUGGUAUAGCCGUUGCGUGCUUUAUGUUCUUCGGCAUGGUGUUCUCCUGCGCUCUGUUCAAGAUGAUAGAAUGAAAGGAUAGAUGAUAUAGACGUGUCACCGUGAUUUGUCGACAUUUUGCGAACGAGAUCAAGAAGGAAGAAGAAAAAGUGGCAAUGCACUUUGCGACGCGCUGCAGUAUUUCGCACAACUUUCGAUCGCCAUUGUUGAUCAUCAUUUGUUCAUGAGAGUGCGCUCAUAGUCUCGACUAGAUCGGUCAAUAAUCAAGUCGGGUGUUUCAUUUUGGACGUUUGGUUGAACAAUUUAUAUUUAAUACUUCGCGUCAUGCCGAGCCAACGAAUGUUAACGUCAAGACAUUCUAAGUUAAUUUAAGAGACAUCGUAACGUCAUUGUUAUCGGAAUAAUACUUACGUGGUCUAUGAUUUACACUAAAGAUAUGUCUGUACAUUAUUACAACCUGUAAGUCAGAGGUUUCUUUAUUAUUUAUAUUCUCAUAUUCUGAUACAAUCUGUCAAGUACGUACUGAUAAUCAGAAUUGGGUAAAAUGGUUCUCGAUGUAUACUUAAAAUAGAACAAGCUAAAUAGAUUUGUACAAUCCAUUUAAAAGUGGAAUAUAUAUGUAUAUUUGAGGUAGGUUAGUGAAAAAAAAUACAAAAUGAACUUUUCACAUUUUCUCGAGGACCUGUAUUUAAAAAUGCAAGGAAAAAAUUAAAUAUGAGUUUCUGCGAAAGCUAUUUCGUGUUAUGUGUGUUGUUUGACUAUUUCGAGAGUUAGUUGUUGAUAGAUGUGACUUUCUAAUUGGUUCUUUUUUAAUAUACUAAUUUGCGUACACGCCACGUUGAUGUGCACAAAUAUGUAUGCAUAAUUCAGCGUUAUUUGUACUUUCUCUAGGUGUAUUUACUGUUAAUUGGAGAUAGACUCGAGAUGUAUGUAACACGAGCUACCAAGCUCAGUCAAAACGACUGGUUAUAGAUGGCCAAAACAACCAAAAGAAACCGCAGAAAGACAAUCCGCCGGUAGUUCUAGGGUUAAAAUAGGAAAUGCAAAGUAGUUUUCUUUAUUCUCAUGUACAAUACAAAAUGGAAAGAGGACAUUUUGCAUUUCAGAUACCUAUUCCAAAUGAAUUCAAUUGAAAUGGUUGCCCAGCUCUGCUGCCGAUACAAUGAGUUAGGGAAAUUCGGGGAGGUGAACCUAGCUGAAGACAUUCUUCGGUUUCUUAGCUUGUCGAUAAGCCGAGGUUCCUUUAAUUUUGCAAAUGUACUCGAUGUAUAUCCAGUGCCCUAUUGUGCACCCUAUAGAAAUCCCUUGCCAGAAAUUCCAUUGGGGCUCUCCUGUACCGAGCGCACACAGUCGCGUAUGCAUUUUCCAAGCCUAGGGCAGGACGCGUGUACAAGUGUCAGUGACAAAUACCAACACCUAAGUACACUUACGUACACGGCCAUUGCGCACUGUUGGGGCUGUGGUCCAAGUCGAUAUUGCGGGCAGGGGCUCGCAGUACAGUAGUCGACAUAAGUUCCUCCUGGCAUUUGAGAUUAUCCCUGAUAUGGUAAAAGAUCGGAUUAACGAGUACUCAUCGACUAACAGGUGAAUUCGGUACCUUAAAUUCUACGAGCAUUUAAAUGAAGGAAUUAUUAAAAGUA